AUGGAUAUGUAUGUUUGCGCUACUACUACUGCCACUAUUACCAACUAUAUGACUACAACCGCUACUAUAAUUAAUGAUAAUCCAAGCCACUGGGCCUCUGUCGUACAUACUUUCUUCUAUCAAUACAGCGACGGGCAUCCCUCAUGGCGUCACUUUGAUAUUUCUCCCUGCCUUAACCGCAUCAAUCGCAUCUUCCUCAUUCUCAGUCUUGAGGUUUCCUACUCUGAACUUGUUCACUAUAAUCUUGAAGCAGCAAAGAAUUCUAUUAGGAGAGCAGUCGCUGGAAUAGCAGGAGUGUCUCCGCUACGCAUCACUGACCUGUUUCUUAGUAGCCGUCAAGCAACAGGCGAGGUGGAUGUGUGGUUUGUACUACUAGAGAAACCUGAUGUAACUGGGCCUGUUCUUACACCCCGACCUCAGCUCAUGAUGGCUGAUGCAUACAAGCUUCUUCACGAUAUUACUCAUAAACACAAUGUCUCCGUCAAGCUUGAUCUUUCUCCCAAGAAAAAGCUUUUUGUCACUAUUAAGCGAGGAUCACUGGAGACAACAACAGAGGCUCUACAUCCACACAUGCGACAUCGAUCCUUGCGGUAUCUUAAGGCAGGUUACACUGCUGGCAGUAUGGCUGGCCUAGGAUUUUCCAUGGCCAUUCUUGGUACGUGUAUGGGCAUCUUUGUAGGUUUCUUGUUGUGGAAACGUCAUACUUCUGUGCCCUAUCAAGUUACAGAAUGACGCCGAGGCUUUGUUGAUUUGGAUGGUCCAAGCAUUCUAACAUAAUAAAGUCUCUCUAGAGCUGUGGAGAUAUGUUGAGUAUGACUAAGAAAAGUCAGUAUAAGUCCUUAUGCUUGAAAUUUAUAUAAAACAAGCCUUACCACUCAAAGGGCAUUGUCAGUGGAGAAAAGCCAGUGUGAAUAUUCUAAUAUGGGAAUAAGAUCAAAAUUUAAGAAGUGAAUACUCAACCAUUUUUCCUUGAAAAAAAUCCUAAACCUUUCUCAUUGAACAAUCAACAUAAUUCAGAGUUUGAGGAAGCUUAAUUGGAUAGAAAAGGUCACUGAAUGUGGAGUAAAAAGGAGAAGUGAACACAGUCCAUUCUGAAGGAAUACACAGAAAUUUGUGAACUGAUUAAUUUUGUGUCCUCUGUUCAUACUAAAAGAUCAUAUACUUAUACAGAAUGUAUAAGUUCCUAUGUGAAAAGGAAAAUAGUUUCCACCCUUUCAUGGCAAUAUUUAUGUGUUCUGCUGUAUAAGGAGUUAUAUCCAAUACCUGGAAGUGCUCAAAUUGUGUGAUUUUGCAACUUUUUAUGCACCAAGACUGCAAGAUAAACAAAUGUGUACUGACCUUAGCAGCAUUAAUUUAUCAGUAUAAUUAUAUUUGUAUAUUUAAUCAAGGUACUUCCAUCAAAGAACAAAUAUUAGACAAAUAUGAUCUGCUGGUGACACAAAAAAAACCUUGUGAAAAAAUUGUCAGAUAAUAAGAAAAUUCCAGUUUCCUGUUUACUUUCUUACACACACACACACACAAACACACACACACACACACACACACACACACACACACACACACACACACACACACACACACACACACACACACACACACACACACACACACACACACACACCUUCAUUCAUACAUACAUACAUACAUACAUACUGUGGAUGUAGUAUUAGUAAAUUUAGCACAAGUGUUAUUUGACAUUACUGCUUGUUAUAACUGAAGAAAAUUUUGUAUGAUAUAAGAGUUCUUCCAAAGCUUUAGUUACCUUUUUAGUAAAUGUAAAUUACUUGCUAAGUAAAUCUGAAAAUACACCUGCUUACUUUUUUGUUAUAAGAAAGAAGAAAGUUUGUGAUGGGUGGAGGUGCUGGGUGAUUGUAUCAAACUUUAUUUGUUGGACCAGAACAUUUUUACCCAUAACUGUCUUAAAUACAGACAGUCUCAAAGAAAAUCUGCACAUCUGUUUGUUACCUCAUUGAUAUUGAAGUUACUUGCCUUUUUAAAAUAUUUAUGGCGAAUUAACUUAGAUUAAAGGCAAACAGAUUGAAUAAGUUUUGGUUAAUAAUUAACCAGAGACAAAAAAAGAAAAGAAAAAAGCUACCAAUUAGAAUACAUUUUCUUCCCACGUAAAAAUUGACUGUUUGAAGAUACACAGUUCCAAAUUACCAUGAGAUAAUAUACCACUAUCUUAUAGGGAUGGAACUCAUACAUUAUUAUUUACAUUCUUCAUCUAAAUAUGAUUGUCAGAAGUAGCAAAUGCACUUUUUCCCACAAGCUUGGAAGGAUGGGCAGUAUUUCCGAAUAAUGUAAUUGGUUAUCGUUGAAGCUGCAUUCAAUAUGAGAUUAAUGUGAAAAGAUUAUUUGAGUGAUUGAAAUCUUUGAUGAAAACACUUUGUAAUACUAAUCUUUAAGUUCUGACCCAACUCACCAAGAUGUCUGCCAAAGGGAUGUAAAAUAAUUGCCAAGUUGCAACAGAGGGCUUGGUAGUGCAUAUGUUUAUAAUUUAAAAACUUGAUACUUUACAGCAGUUGUCUGUAAUGUCCCAUAUGAUGUAAUGAUGAUAAUUUAGUGUGAUAUUAGUGAAUCUCUUGUCACCUUCAGGUAAUCCUUUAUGGAAUUCCUUCUCAAAACAGAGGUAUUUCAUCAUCAGUAAAGUUAAUGAUACUCUUGUAAUAAUAGUAAGGAUGAUAUUGGUACAGGCACUGAUUGUAGUAAUCUUUACCAUUGCCUCUAUGUAAUAUUUGUAGAAGUAAUAAUGUUUGGGACUUAUUAAUAAUAAUUAUAUUAGUGAUACUAAUGAAACUAUAAUACUGAUAAUGAUAACAAUGUUAUUAUUAUAACUACUAUUGUUAUUAUUAUUCAAUAGUAUUUCUGUUGUUAUUCUUAUUAAUACCAAUAACAUUAUAAAUUAAAUGUGAAACUCUAACAACCCAUAUGUUUAUUUAAAAAGUUGAAAAAUAUUGGAGUUAAAGAUCUCCAGCAUCCAAGCUUUAAAUGCCAUCAUCAUCAUUCUAAUCAUCAUCACUAUCAUAAAAAACAAUACAGUAUUUACAGUCAUUAUUAUAGCAUCAUCAGCAGUAUUCAGUAUUCAUUAUGAUUUUUAUCUCUACUGUAGAUACCUCCAUGAAGUGAUUCUUUGCCAUGCCUACAAUCUGUACUAUUAUAAUGUGUUUGUGCUGUAAUUUCUAUAAAACAUCAAUCAACAUAUUGCUGUAUGUAACAUCAAUAUUUUAUGGGCAUAAUUAUAUGUUUAUGUUGUUAUUCACAAUACUACUAUUAUAAAUACAUAGUUAUAUGUAAAUAUACAAUAAAAAUUAAAUUACCCCAAAAUAAAAGCUUAUGAGUUUAUGAAAUAUAAAUAUUCAACAGAAAUGGCAUAUUUAUGUUUAGCUCUUAUAAGAACCGAGAGUUACUAAUAAAAACUAGUGCACCUGACCGAACUCACAUUGUCAAGUUGUUUGGAAGCAGGGGUUAAUAAGAAAGACAUGAUCAUUUUGCCUAGUGUAUCUAUGAAUGAUUAGGUGUAAGUGACUGCAUGACUAUGUUUAUAUGUAUACUACUAUAUAGGAAAUAUAAUCUGAUAUCAACAUAUCGGACACAAACUUGAUACCGAUUCCCUGGCCUGUAAGUACUAUUGCUUGUAUUUCCUGCAUCAUAGAAGACUUAUUAUAGCGUGAUUUGGAAAUUUAAAGAAAAUUGUUACGGAAUAAACCAUGUACUGUAAAAUGGCAGCUUUAGCAAUCACUUUUAAACUCCUAACAUUUUCCGACAAAGAGCUAAAAGUAAGGAGCCUAGAAUAUUGAUCAUAAAAUAUUUUCAACAACAACAAUUGUUAUGAUAUUUGAUAAGUGAGGGUCAGAAUCCCCCAGAUUAUUCCACAUGUUAAAACUUUAAUUUUAAUUAAUCAGUUUAAGAUUCUUUAGAAAGAUGUAAUGUACAAACUUCAAAGUUUUUCAGCAUCUCUUAACAUUUCCACAGUUUCAGAGCACAGUUGCCUCUCAUUGUUUUUCAUCAGUUAUUGAUCUUCAUGAAUGACCUCAUAAACCCUUUGAGAUUAUCUUCUAAAUGCUCAAAGAAAAGACUUUCAUAUUAUGAACCAUUACUUUCAAAUUAGCUGCAAACUAUACUAGCUAAUUACUCUUACGGUUCUGAAUUUUGCCCUGAUGCAGUUAACGUAAAAACCUUGCUCAAAAAAACUUGGUACUGCAUCAUGAACUCCCGGCAAAUGGUAGCAUUUUGUGUAAUAAAUAGUAAAUUUAUUACACUAACAUACUAGCUGCCCAAGUCUCACACAAAUAAAAUCCAUCUUCUAGCAAACCUCUAGCAUUUAAAAGACAUUCAAUCUGCC